UCAUUGUGUGGAAUCUUCCCUAGUGUGGUUUUUUACUGUAAGCACAUCUUCUGUUCUUCUUAAGGGGACAUAAUAUGAAAACAGCACUUUUCCUGGGAUUGGGGUGUUGUUAUGGGUAUAUGGUGCUCCCACACGCAUACAAACUUUGAAAAAAGUCUGUACAUGAUUUUUGAGUAAGAUACGCAUUUCUGGAAGCAGCCCGCCUCAAGCUACCAAACGAGCGAUUCAGUUUCAGCGCCCCUUCCUACGUAGGAAGGGGCGCUCAUUUGAAUAUGACCUCCCACUUCCCCACCCCCCUUCAAUCAGAGUAUAAGUAAGAUACGGCCUAUUGUGUUGCAUGUUUGGAAUUCAUCAUGUCGAGGAUUCACAAGAGGUGUUCUGUUGUUGGCUGUAUGGACGUCCACAAAUCCCUCCUUCGUGUCAAGAGCGACGUGGAUUGAUUUCAUUUUUGAAGGCGAAGUCCCGGCUACAGUUGGCAAAAACCUGUUGGUCUGUGCUAACCACUUUACGACUGACUGUUUCUCAAACUUCGGUCAGUACAUGGAAGGAUUAGCUGUGAAACUUUAUCUCAACGAGGGGUCCCUUCCAACUUUGCGUGGAAUACCUGCAGACGAGGGACAUGUAAGUAUACAAAUAAUUAGCUGUGUGUUUCUUUAGUAGAUUAGCAUGAACUUGUGCGUGUUGUGGCGUGAGUUUUUCCAUUGAAAACGAUGAAAGGCUAGGGAAAGCACAUGCUGCAAAGCUACCAAGGAUACAUUCAGUGAGACAAUGGGUGAACGUUGCAGUGACCAUCGAUGAGACUGCAAAACAGUUAACGGAAUCUACAUAACAAAGAAGUCAUUCGAUAGACAUGGCCUGAAUAUCAGAUUUCGUGGCUACAAUGGCAAUUCAAAUACCAACGAAGCUCCGAUCCAGAGAGAGGAAGGGAGGUAUCUAAAGGUACAGGGAGAAUGUAUGCAAUUCCUUUUAAUGUGAAUAGUAAUUAUAUAUACACGGUGAAUAUAAUUUGUAUAUUAUAGUUAUGCUUGAUAUUAAAACGACCCAGAGCUAUACAUGCAAGAUAAGGUUGACAUCUUUUUUUUUUGAUAGGCCUCAGAGCAUCAUGCAUCAUCGGCGUUACCUGCUACAAGGGAUAUUGGCUGCAAUACUGAGCCACCUCAGAGACACCAUGUUGGCACACAACUCUCUUUGAAGACUCUUCAUUCACAUUACAGAAGUGAAGCUGUCCAGGCUACUGGACAAAACCAAGGACUGCCAGAAAGUAAAGACGUGGAUGCGAGCCAUCAGAGACCACAUCUAUUGGACGGCGGCAUCGUCAACAACUGGGCCGGGGAGAGUGACAAAAUGGACCACCCUCCUGAACCAUGUUCAGGAUAUUCAUACUCACGAUGACCCCCUCUUCCCAAAAUGUCUACAUCCAAUUCGCAGCACAACAGACAAAAGUAGAUGGCUCUCAGGAGCAACUCCUGCAUUCUACAAGCUGGAGAAGGCGCUGACCAAGAAGACAGUCCUGAGGGAUAUAGCAAAGCUCAGUCCCCACCACCAGACGUCCUCUUUGGAGGCAUUCCACGCCGUGAUCCUGUGGUUCGCUCCUAAAAAUGUGGUAGAUCCAUUUCUAGGAAUGCUGUGCAGACUCUACCUGGCUGCACUGCAUUACAAUGAGAAUUCUGAUAGAGGACAAGCCACUACGUCAUCAGGGGAUCUUAUGUUCAGACUGACCUUUCCUAAGGCCAGUAAGGGAGAGUGCAGAGCCAAACCAGUGAAGACUGAGGCGACAUUCCAGUAUGUGAAUGAUUUGAUGGACAUGAUCAUGGAGAAGGUCUUUGUCGACCCAGCAUCGUACAGAGCAGAGAUUCUGAAGAUAAACAUCCCGCCGGAACUGUCUUCAGAAUAUGAGCAUCCAGACAAGGUGGAGAUCAUCGCCAGCUAUGUCUCCAGAUUCAAUCAAGGGAGGGUGGUUUGAAGCCUCCGUGUCUUCCAUGGGCGUCAGGAAACUCCCGGUGUAUACGAAGAACAACGCAUGAUGGGAUAACAACCCGUAUCUUCCGCCCAAGGAAGCCCCAGCACCAGCUCACAAAAUUUCUAUAGGCUAAAUACCGGUAACGACUGAGAAAAUGUAACAUUGUUAGUCAACAGGUUCUACAAUGUCAACAUCUGUGUGUACAUUUUCUCAUUGAAUUCAGUGAAUUCUUCACUUAUACUGUAUUUAGAUGCACAAAUAUUCAUGACUACGUUCAAUAAAUGUAUAUUGUAUCUGUACAAUGUUUUAUGUGAAUUAAUGCGUAAUAUGCAGUAUCUGCUUAUGAAAAAAUUGGCUAUAUUUAAAAUAUGA